UUUGUGACAUAGGCACUAGGUGCCAGGGAGAACUGCUCCAGGAAAUGGGGUUCCCAGCUCCCAAAGGGGGCGGCGAGGCCGCCCCUUAGACACAGUCUCCGUCUCCCAGAGGCUUUCACCAGCUGGCCCCACUGCUACUGCUGCUACUGAGGGUGAAAAGCCAUCUGGGUUGGGGCCGGGCUGAGUCAGAGGACAUCAGCGUCAGGGAAGACAGGGACUAGGGCCACCAGAGUGCCACAAAACCAGGAUGCUCGCGUAGUCUGUGACGUGGAUUUAAGAGAACGAACACCUGUAAUAGAAGACCUCCUCCUGGCUGAAGGACUGAGGGCAAGACUCAGACUAAAAUCUGAGUCAGAGUCCCCUCAUCACUGAAGUGCCUUGAGAAACGGCCCAGGGGAAUCUUUAUUGAUCCUAUGGGCUGUGUCUUCCCCCGUGGCCCACCCAGAUAACUGUUGCUGCCCCUCAGCUCCAGAGAGGCAGUUCAGAUCCUCCAUGCCCUCCACCCCUCAUCAAUGGCCGGCUGCAAACAAGUGAGAGACCACAUUUAGAGCCAAGCUCCUGCCCGAACACUCAGAGAACCUGGUGCUCCAGGGCUGGGUGGCUCCUUCGAGUGCCACCUAAAGCCAUACCAACACCAGGCUGGAGCCACAUUCUGUGCACAGAAGGUUUUGAUUUCUCAGCCACUUCAGGCUUCAGAGAUACUGGUCUUGCGUCUGCCAGGUCUCUCAUCUCUGGUCUUGGCACCCCAGUCCCUUCCGGAUUCAAGGCAAUGCUGCCUCCAAACAAGGCCCAGGUGCUGCUACGGAACACAGCGUCCCCUGGGCGGCCCCCUCAGGGCCCCUCACAAACUGCAGACUCCCUUUUCUAUAACCUACAACCUCAGCCUCGCCAACAAUCACUCCGCUCCACCCAGCCAUCUUGCUCUCCUCCCCCACGGUCCCACUCUGCGGGCUCCCACCUCUACUCUUCUGACUCAAAUUCGGACUUCAUCCUACAUCGCUGCUCUUCUUCUCUCUCAAAUUCCCCCACUUUCUUUCAUCAGAAUUGCCUCUCUCUCUCCCCUCCCUGUUCUUCCUCGCCUUCCCGCCGGCUAUUCCCCUCUGCUACCCUCACGCACUCCUCCUCGCCCUCUCAGCCACAGAACUCCUCUUUCCCCGGCUCGCCUUGCCAGUUGCCUUUCCACCUCGAAGAUCUACCUACCUCCACUCUCACAUCCCCGAGCCCCAACCCACCUUCUCGUGGGGUCCACUCUAACGGCCAGGCAUGGCACUUGCAUCAGUACAGGAAAACCAGGUCCCCUGGGGAGGAGGGGGUAUGCGUGGCAAGCGGGAAGGACCCUGCAGAGUUCAAGGACCCAGGAGCCCUGGCCCAGGCCCUGGUGCUCCGUCUGGGACACCGCCGUAUCGCCCACGACUUGCAGCUACUGCUUUUGCAGCGCCUGUGGCUAGGCCAAGCCGACAAGGCCCCGGUCGUGGAGUACCCUGUAUGCCUGGUGUGUCUCCAGCUCCGCACCCCCUCUUGCCCCAUCCCCAGGUACAGGACUGGACCCAUACUGCUUGCUUUCCCCCAGCUGCUGCCCUGUACCCAGGGCAAGGAAUCCGGACCGCUCCGCAUGGGCAUUGGCUUUGGCCUCCGCCUGCCUCAGGGCCAGGCCAAGGCCCUACAUCUGCUGCCAAAAAAAAAGCCGGAGGAAGCAGGGCCUCAGGCCACAGCUGCUCAGGCCAGUGGGUGUCAGGCCCAGGCAGCUCAAGCCCCAGCAGCUCUGGCCCAGGCAGAUCUAGGCCCAGGCACCCUCUCCCAGAACGGGAGCCUCAGGUCUGUAGGCCGCCAGUCACUAAACUCCACGCGCCAUUCAGAGUCUCCAACUCAGGCACCAAAACAGGCUAUGGUCCACUUGAAGCCCAGGCCUUCCUCUGCCCCAAAGAGACCUGCUUCUCCAGGGCCCAUUCCCCAAAAGUCACCACUCUAGUACCAGAGCCACGGAGGCCCCCUGGAGCACCUCCUCUGAACCCCACCAGCCCUGCCCGGCCCCAGACCUCAGGGAGCCCCCGAGACACUCUGAAGGGCUGGCUGGCUGGAGGUCAGGUGUGUUCUCCAGUCCUGAACCCGGGGAGCCCCUUGUGGAGUCUGCUUUCUCCUGGCUGAAGAGGACCAAGGGCAUCUGAGGCCCCACUCAGCCUUCUGUGUAUCCAAUUAAAAAAAAAAAAGCCUGA